CUAAGACAAAAUCUCGGAUUUAUCGGUUAUAAUUCUCGAUGAGGUACAAUUUUGGUCGCGUUGCUGUGAUUCUGAUUUUAUGCGUUCCAAUUUCUGCAUUCCCCAUUCUAUUGUUUAGAUCACCAUAGUCGUUUUAUUCCUGAUUCCGUAAGAAUGACUUUGUUUAUGGCGUUUGAAUUCAGUAUCACACCGUUGAAUCGAAACUGUGUUGGAAGAUUCUUGGCUUUCUCCGCACAUAACGAAUCAAACAGUACCCUCGUUCUAGUUCUUCAAUAUUUACGUCGUGUGAAUGUUGGUCGGUGCAACACUAGGGGGUGCUUUCCUCUCUAACAGACACAUUAGUUCCAAAUUUAUAUUAAUUUAGGAAUCAGUGCGAACUGUGCUUUUCCUAAUCCGAGUAAAAUAUGGCCACCAUGGGGAUACUGACCAAACAGCAUCUGCUAACCUACAUCUACCUUCUAGUUUACAUUACACUUUCAUCAGGAGUUAUUCUUUACAACAAGUGGGUCCUCUCUACAUUAUAUUUUAAUUUUCCAUUUCCAAUAACACUCACUAUGAUCCAUAUGGCUUUUUCUGGUGGUCUGGCCUUUUUGCUUGUCCGUGUUUUCAAGGUUGUGUCACCAAUUAAAAUGACCUUCAAUAUAUAUGCAACUUGUGUGGUCCCAAUAAGUGCAUUCUUUUCCGCUAGUCUGUGGUUUGGGAAUACUGCUUAUCUGUUCAUUUCUGUGGCCUUCAUCCAGAUGCUUAAAGCCCUCAUGCCAGUGGCAACAUUUCUUGUGGCUGUAACUUGUGGAACUGAGAAAUUGAGGUGUGAUGUAUUCUGGAACAUGGUGCUGGUCAGUGUUGGAGUUGUCAUUUCCUCCUAUGGAGAAAUUCAAUUUAAUGUGCUCGGCACAGUUUAUCAGGUCACAGGAAUAGUUGCUGAAGCUUUAAGGCUGGUAUUAACUCAAGUUCUUCUUCAGAAAAAGGGCUUGAAUCUAAACCCUAUUACCAGCUUGUAUUACAUAGCACCCUGCAGCUUUGUAUUUCUUUUCAUCCCGUGGUACAUCCUUGAGAAGCCUGAGAUGGAAGAUCCACAUAUGCAGUUUAACUUCUGGAUAUUUUUCUCAAAUGCUGUUUGUGCUUUCACAUUGAAUCUUUCCACAUUCUUAGUGAUUGGUAGAACUGGGGCAGUAACUAUUCGGGUGGCUGGUGUUUUGAAAGACUGGUUACUUAUCACUCUUUCCACUGUCUUGUUUCCUGAAUCAAAGAUUACUGGGCUUAAUAUUAUUGGCUACGCUAUUGCUUUAAUUGGUGUCGUUAUUUACAACUACCUUAAGCUCAGUGAUGUUCGCACGUCUCAACCUCAAAGUUCCCAAGAUGGAUCAACAAAGGAGCUGCAGACAGAGAAAAAAGCAGUUGUUGACUUGGACAACAGAGAGGAGACUUUAUGGAAUGAUUCAGUUUCUGAUACCAAUUUUGAUGAAGAAGUACCUUUAAUGGCUUCGUCACGAACAUCUCAUCUUGGAGUUGGACGAAAACCAGCUUAGCGGCAAUCUAGCUUAGAUGCUGUAAAGAACAUCUCAUAUUGGAAGAAAGCCAGCUUAGCAGCAACCUAGCAUUUAGAGACAGAGCAUACAGGAGAGGAACCAAAUCAAAGUAUGCCUUAAACUUUCUUCCCAAAAAAGAACAGAAACGCCACCUUCCAAAAGAAGAGGGAAAAACUAAAGGAGAAAGAAAACAGAGCGGAGGAAACACGCAUUCUUUUAGUUGGUUAGUUUCAUAUUUAAAAUAUAACCAGUAGUAAAUCAUUCUUGUAUAGGGCUUGACUUGAACAUGCAAUGAGGUUCUGUUUCUUCCAAAUGGACCUCUAUUAACUGAAAAACUAUUCUUGAGCUACCAUCUGUCUAUGCUAAUUUUAGUUAAAAUUUGAAAAUUAUAUGGUUCAACAUC